UGUUUCCAAGCUGGAAGCUGCCGGAAGCUGUGAUUCCCGCAGCGGAAGAGGCGCGACUUCUGACUCGCUAUGUCCGCGAACAAUAUGUCGGACCCACGGAGGCCCAACAAAGUGCUGAGGUACAAGCCCCCACCGAGCGAGUGUAACCCAGCCCUGGAUGAUCCGACACCAGACUACAUGAACCUGCUCGGCAUGAUCUUCAGCAUGUGCGGCCUCAUGCUCAAGCUGAAGUGGUGCGCCUGGGUUGCUGUCUACUGCUCCUUCAUCAGCUUUGCCAACUCCCGGAGCUCUGAGGACACGAAGCAGAUGAUGAGUAGCUUCAUGCUAUCCAUCUCUGCCGUGGUGAUGUCAUAUCUGCAGAACCCUCAGCCCAUGACGCCCCCCUGGUGAUGUCAGCCUAGAGGGGUCACAUCUUGGGCCUCUCUAGCCACCUUGCCCUAGGCCUCACCCGUGGCUGCUCAGCCUCCUGCCAUCAGCUGCGGUGCUGGGCUUCCCUGGGCGAGGCAGUCUCUGGGUCUGCAGCUGGACGGAGGGAACCUGGCCCUGACCCUGGGAUCUCAUGGCUGCUGGAGCAGAGAGAGGAAUCCCCUCGGCCUAACCGUCCACCCCACCUUCUUUUCCUACCCUGCCUGCUCCCAGGGGAGACGCUGUCCAUGUUUCUAGGUGUACCCACUCAUUUUCUUGUUGAAACCCGUUAAUAAAGUUUUGCAUUCUG